AUGGGAUUAUUAAUCCUGGCCCAGAAUAAAGGAGGCAGCAGUCUCCAUGCAGACCCCUCGGCGAAAGGAAGUAUUCAGUCACACACCUACCUUCAAGGGCUGCACCGGACUGGGGCUUGAACCAGAUGGAGUUCAGAGCAGCUCCUUACAAGUGUGCUCCCUGCAGGAGAUUCGUGGGGGAUCCUUGCCUUCCUGUGUGCCACGCUCUGGAACCUGCCUGUGGUGCCCGCACUGAACAGCACGGACCAAGUGACUACCAGACAGUCCAUCCAGCAGAUGUACGACCUCACUCGCUAUCUGGAACACCAGCUGCACACGCUUGCGGCCACUUAUCUCAACUACUUGGGGCCACCAUUCAAUGAGCCAGACUUUGACCCUCCCCGGAUCAUCGGGGUGGAGGCUGUGCCGAGUGCCACCGUGGACAUUCAGGAAUGGCACAGCCUGAACGACAACGCCCGACUCGCAGCCAAUUACCAGGCGUACAGCCACCUGUUGAGCUACCUGAGGACCAUGGAUGGAGCAGCCCCGGCUGCUGUGCCAACAUUGCGCCACAGCCUCGCCCAUUUCCGUGCCAGCCUGCAAGGGCUGCUGGGCUCCAUCGGUGGCAUCAUGGCUUCCCUGGGCUACUCACUUCCGACAGCACAGCCUCCUGCGACACCUGCCCCUCGAGGCAACUUCCUGCGCAAGAUGGACGACUUUUGGCUCCUCAAAGAGCUGCAGACCUGGCUGUGGCGCUCGGCCAAGGACUUCAACAGGCUGCGCAAGCGGGUGCCACCUUCAGCCAUUGUGCUGCACCUUGACACCAGGGGCUUCUGACCCCUGCUCAAAACUGGUCUUUCCCUGUCUUCGCCUCAUCCACUGAUGCCAUCCUUGUCCUCUUGAGGCUUUGGGCUUCCCAGUGCUUUCCAAUCCCCAACCC